AUGGCACACAUGAGCCUCUUCUGGUGCCAGAAGCAAGGCUCCACCACCACCACCACCACCUCCGGCAGCAGCAGAGGUGGCGAAGCAACCCCCACCACCACCGCGACCGCCGCCGACCGACAUUGCCGGAGCUGCGGCAUCGGCAGGCUCAUGAGGAUGCUGAGGAAGCAGAGCAGGCUGCUGUGCAUGGCCUCAAGGCCUACCGCAUUCCACUGCCAAUAUGACCCCUUGAGCUACUCUCGCAACUUCGAUCGUGGCUCCGGGACGGCUCUCGACGACGACUCAGCUCACUUUUACUACACAUUCUCGUCAAGGUUCGUCGCCAACUCUUCAGGCAUCUCUCGGGGUCUAACAACCAACCAUUAG